UUAAAUUAUAUGAACCAGCUCCAACCACUGACUUCUCCCCUCGCGCGCGCACACAGUCUGUGGGAUUCCCUGAACCAUGAAUCCUUGUCUUCUUCUUUGAUAAAAACACUACUUCAAUUCGUUUGAAUCCUUGUCUUCUUCUUUGAUUAAAAACACUACUUCUUCCGUUCUCGAUUCUUUAGUGGAAGAGCCUUAAAAGAAAUUGCUCCAUUCCCGUAAAACCUAAUUUCUAAUUUUGGGGGAAAUCAGCGUGCCUGCUCCUAUAGAGAGAGAUCGACGAUUGGCGAUUAUAUUGAGGAAUUUUUGAUUUGAGUGGAGAUUCUGAUCGAUAUUGAUGCCGGAUUCGGAUAACGAAUCAGGGGGACAGAACAACAGCCAUAAUAAUAAUGUGGGGGAGUACUCGUCGUCGCGGGAGCAGGACCGCUUCCUGCCGAUCGCCAACGUGAGCCGGAUCAUGAAGAAGGCGCUGCCGGCGAACGCCAAGAUCUCCAAGGACGCCAAGGAGACGGUGCAGGAGUGCGUCUCCGAGUUCAUCAGCUUCAUCACCGGCGAGGCCGCCGACAAGUGCCAGCGCGAGAAGCGCAAGACCAUCAACGGCGACGACCUCCUCUGGGCCAUGACCACCCUCGGCUUCGAGGACUACGUCGACCCUCUCAAGGUCUACCUCCACCGGUUCCGCGAGAUGGAGGGCGACAAGUGCAGCGCCGGCGCCUCCGCCUCCUCCCAGCCUCAGCACAAAGACGGCGGCGAUGGUGGGGGAGGCGGCGGCGGCGGCGCUCCGAGCAUGGGGAACAAUGUGGUUGGUCUCGGUGGAGGUGGUGGUGGCGCUGGUGGGAUGAUGAUGAUGAUGGGGCAGCAGAUGUAUGCGACGCCGCCAUCCUAUCACCAUCACAUGUCUACUAUGAGUGGGAAGAGCAGCAUGGGUGGUGGUUCUUCUGCUUCUUCUUCUUCCCCAGGGUUUGGAAGGCAAGGGAGGGUAUGAGUGAUAUAUAUGUUGGCUCAGUUAAGAUCGGUUGAUUUUAUUAUUCUUGUCUUAAUUCUCAUGGGUGGAGUGGAGUUUUAUUGCAAGUAUAGCUGUUAGAGUUUGCUUUUCUUGAUGAUAUAUAUAGUCAUAGAACGUUGUGGAGUGGGAAAUGUGUGUAUAUAUCGUAGUGUCGCGCCUUUGGUUAUGGGAGAAGGGUGGGCAAGAAGAAACCGCCUCUGGCUUCUCUGAUUGAGGGCUUAAAAAAAUGGUCAUAUAUGUAUCAUAGAUAUUGAUGUGAAAUGGAUUUACUUAUCUUAGGAUUUCUAUCUCUCGUAUCCUCGACAGAUGGGUUCUGAGAGAAGAGAUGCAUAUUAUUACUUA